GCGUCUGCCAACACAGCCGGGUAGCAACGCUAGUGUAGGCAGGAGCAUGCAGAGUGCAAUUUUUCUGGCUCUCCAGCACGACGGCACGCACAUGGAGAGGAGCGCCAGCCACGGGCAAAGCAAAGAGGAGAAAAAGGGGAAAAUGAAAAAAACCCUCAUGAAAGAUUGGAAAUCAAGACUGAGUUAUUUCCUGCAGAAUUCUUCUACGAAUACCAAGACCAACAAGAAAGCACAUCAAAAGGCACACUUCAGACCAUCUCCUGAGGAAGCCCAGCUCUGGUCGGAAGCAUUUGAUGAACUUUUGGCUAGCAAAUAUGGACUAUCGGCUUUCAGGGCAUUCCUGAAAUCUGAGUUUUGUGAAGAGAACAUUGACUUCUGGCUGGCUUGUGAGGAUUUCAAGAAAAUCAAGUCCCCGCAAAAACUGACUGCCAAGGCAAAGAAGAUCUAUAGUGACUUUAUUGAAAAGGAAGCUCCUAAAGAGAUCAACAUAGACUUUCAAACCAAGAACACAAUUGCUCAGAACCUCCAAGAAGCUACACAUACGUGCUUUAAUGCAGCCCAGAAGAGAGUCUACAGUCUGAUGGAGAACAAUUCUUACCCACGGUUCCUGGAGUCAGAAUUCUACCAAGAGCUGUGUAAAAAGUCGCCCAUUAGAAGGGAGCCUCAGGGGACCUGAACUCCGAAGUGGAACAGAAAAGAGAAACCAAGGAACCUUUUCACUCAUGGAGGAGGAAGACCGUGUCUUUGCAAGGCUUGGCGGACUCCAUAAACUAAACAGGGGAGAUUUGCCCAAAUACACUUUUAAUUUUUCAGUGGAUGAGCAUAUUGACUCUGACACUCUGGUAUCUGGCAAGCUGUGAUAUUGAGAAGGAAAAGCGAGCAAAAUUGCUGGGGAAAGUUCACUUUCCAUAGGAAAAACGAUGCAUCAGGAAAGAAUGCCUUACACAUUCCCAAGCUGCUGCGGGUUGUCCAACUCCAUAGGUUAACCUGGAUGUGCUGACAUUAAGUCAAAUAGGAUCAGCAUCCUCUGCCAGAUGUAAACUAUUUCUGGGGUUGUUCUACACAAACUGACCCCUCCUGGCACUUGAGAGGCUUUGAGCAAUUGGCCGGCUCUAGUUUUCCUAAACAACUGGUAGCAUAUAAUAAUCGUUCCUGCUUUCUAAGCAUUCUUACGCAGGUUCUGUUCUCUGCAAAUCGUGUUUCUGUGUGCAGACUGGAGCAGACUUCCCUGGACUGGUAGAAGUUACGACGCUGCUGCAUCAUGCAGAGAAGGAAAGGGGAUUAGCUGACUUAAGAGCAGAGCAUGCUGGCCCGCUAACUAGUUGGGGUCAAAUCCUGCCUGAGUCAAGAAGAACUUGGCCUAAACAUCAAAUGACGGCUGUAUAUUGUGUGUGUGGGCGUGGGUGCAUUCUUGUGUGUAAAUAUAUAUAUAUUAAAAAACUUAGGUUGUGUUGUACACUCCUGCCCAUGCUGAAAUACUGACUUGAGGACAAACUUCAGUGAAGUUGUCUUUUUGAGAAGCAGAUCAGUUUCAAUAAAUUAUUUUUAUUUUAAUAGAA